AUGGCAAAGAUAUCAUUAAGUUUGGUGUUUGCAUUGAUGGUGAGUGUGGCAUUGCAUUUAGUUUUGUGUGAGGAUAAUCCAUGGCAGACUGUAAUAGAGGAAGCAAAAAGAGAAGCAAACAAAGCAGGUUUAUCUGAUGAAACAAUAUUUGGGGCUGAGAAGGCUGUAGCAGAUGGUACUGCUCAAAAGGCUGCUCAGGAUGUCUUAGGUGGAGGAUCUUUCAGCGAGUGGGUUGAAAAAGCUCGUGAUAUGACCAACGAUGAAGCUACAUAUGAUGCAAUACCAAGUUUAGCUGGUGACACGGAUGAAGUUUCAUCUGAUGCAGCACCAUAUUUAUCUACUGAGGUGGUCAACGAUGCAGUUUCAUCUCCUGAUGCAGCACCAAAUGAAGCACCAAAUGCAGCACCGAAUGAAGAACAAACUUUAUUUAAUAAUAUUGUCAUCGAUGGAGUUUCAUCACCUGCUCCAGCACCAAAUUUAUUUGAUGAUGACGAGGAUUUUGAGCUGGAAUUUGCACCAAAAAGAUCACCAUCUGAAGCACCCGUAGGAGAACCAACAGAGGCACCCGAAGCUGAAACUCCCUCUGAAGCGUGA